UAAUAUACUCCGGCUGGCUAACUCUUUUGUCCGCCAAAAUCAAUCCAGUUUAGUCAAAAAUAUCCUUACUACUUCUCAAGAAGCCGGUAGCAAAAAAAUACCUUACGAGAUACUGGGAGCCUUCAAGUUUAUUGAGCGGGAAGAAAUUAAAGACGUUUUGGCUUUCCUUCGGGCCAUUCUUUACCAAGAUAAUCUUUCUUUAUUAAGAAUACUCAGAUUAGAAGCCAAGAUCGGAACUCGUACUGUGGAAAAAAUUGAACUCCACAGUCAAGGCAGAAUUUAUGAUUAUCUUAAUCAGGACAAAAAGUUACUAAAAACUCGCAAUAAUCUUGUUCUUUCUUCUAUUCACCAAGCCAAAGGUCUGGAAUUUGCAGUAGUUUUUUUUGUUUAUUUGGACCAAGGGACUUUACCUUACCGAGAAACCCAAGACUUAACCGAAGAAAGAAGAUUAUUUUACGUAGGAAUAACCCGAGCCAAAAAAUUACUUUACUUAGUCAGCAGCAAGGAAGUAUAUUCUCCUUUUUUGGAAGAAAUAGAUAAGAAUUACUUAAUCGUAAGCGGUUUUUUGGCUGGCAA